AUGUUCUCCGUCCUAAAACAGCCUGUUGUGUGUCAGUUGCUGUCAGAAGAUGAAAAUCAGCGGCUUCUUGCUAGCCUGGGUGUCAAGUGUGUGGCCACCUGCGCGGCCGUAGUCUGCGUCUACGUUCCAGAUGGUUCUGUCAGUUGGCGCCAGAUCCACUGUGGAGUGGCAACUAUCGAAAAAGACAGCUUCCGGAAGUCUUAUUUUGUUCGGGUCUAUGAUAUUGUGAAGUUCUCGCAACUCCACGAAGAGGCCAUGUUCUUAGAGAUGGGGUACACUGCUUUGACACCAAACUUCCACACGUUUCAAGGUGAACGGUCUCCCAUGGGACUGGCGUUUGCCGAUGUCAAAGAGGCUAAAAACUUCCAGAACUGUUUCGGAAGUCUUGUAAAUAGAUGGACCCGAAAGAUGAACACCGGGACUCAGAACCACAAUAUCACCGACAUUAAUCCCCUGCAGCCGCCGAAACCGGCCACGGAAAGGCCUAUCGUCUGCCGAUUACUCUCGGAGGAGGACAAACAACGGCUUUGUGCAUGCCUGGAUGGCAAAUCUGUAGUGGACUGUGCAGCCGUUGUCUGUGUCCACGUUCCUGCCGGCACUGAUAUCUGGCGUCAGCUCCAUAGCGGAGUGGCGACUAUUGAGGAAGACAGCUCCCAAAAGUCCUGCUUUAUCCGCGUCUACGAUCUGAAGAAGUCAUCGAAGCUCCACGAGGAGGCCAUUUUCUUGGAGAUGCAGUAUACUACUGAAGCUAGCACCUUCCAGCAAAAAUUUUCUGACCUGUUGGCCAAAUUUUCCCGAAAACCGGCCACUGUGACAAACAGCAGUGGUAUGGUAAAGUCUGACAGCCAGCCAGAGAUAAAUCCCAUGCAUGUGUUGGAGCUACCGGUCCCAGAACCAGCCAAGUCCGGUUUCAAUUUGCCCGGUUUCCGCAAGAAGCAGAAGAAAGCCAUCACUAUCAGCGCGCCGACCAACUUCCGGCAUGUCCAGCACAUGGGCUUCAAUAAGGACUCCCAACAGUUCGACAUGUCUGUGCUGGAUGAAAAGAUGCUGCAGGAGUUCCUAAAGGACAAUAAUCUGCACUGUCUCUUUAAUACGGCGGAGGACACUGAAUUUGCCGCCCAAUUCAUCGCCAAAAAUAUCGGCAUCAAGAAAGCUGAUAUGUGCUCACGGCGCCUUAUUGUUCGGCCAAUGUAUCCUGCUCCACAGGAGUAA